CACUGAAGAAACUAAUCAAAUCCCUCUCUCUCACCAAAGUCUUCACUGUAAAAAAAAAAAUGAUGAGCGGCGGAGGUAACGGAGGAGGAGGCAACGGAGGAGACCCAGAACAGUGGCUAAUCACAGCGCAGAAGCUCCUCUUAUCCGGCGACCUAAACGGCUCCAAAACCUACGCGAUCCGCGCAUGCGAAGCCGAUCACUCCCUCGUAGAUCCCGCGGAGCUCAUCCUCGCCGUCGCCGACACUCUAAUCGCCGGCGAAUCUCGCAUCCGCGCCGAUCUCCCCGACUGGUACGCCGUCCUCCGCCUCGUCCGCCUCACUCACAACCCCGAGCUCGUCGCCACUCAGUACAGCAGGCUCGCCGUCCUCCUCAACCCCAGCCGCAACCGUUUCCCUUACUCCGAUCAAGCCUUCCGCCUCGUCUCCGACGCGUGGUACGUUCUCUCGGAUCCUUCGAGGAAGGCAUUGUACGAUAGGGAGGUUCAUUUGAGUCAGUUUGGGCAGUUAGGUCAGUUAGGGUUUCAGUUGUUGAAUCAGCCGCCGCCUCCUGAGUCUUCUCCUCAGCAGCAGCAACAGGAAGAGUCUCCUCAGCAUCAAACGGUGUCGUAUCAGAACCAGUUACCGUUUCAGCUUCACCAGCAUUUUGGUCAGCCUCAGGAGCAGAGGGCACAGUUUAGUAGUAAUAACCAGCAGGUGAUGCAGCAACAGUUUGGUCAGGAGCAAGGGGAGAUGAUUAGGAGUGGUGGUUCGAGUAGUAGUAGUGGUAGAGACUGGAGACUUCCUGUGGAGGAAGAAAGGUCUAUUAACUUGAAUAAUGCGACGGAGAGAGUGCAGCCUAGUCGUCGUUUUCAUGAUCAAGAACGGUCUUCUAGUGGUAGGUCUUAUGAGGAGGCGUCGUCUCAGAGGGCGCCUAAUCCUCCUUCGACUGAUCUCACAUGGGCGUCUAAGCCUACUCCAACGUCUGAGCCUAUAGCUUUGCAACAUGCUAGUCAGUUUCAGGCGCCUAGGUCUAAUCAAGCUGCUCAACUCUCGUUGCUGUCUUUGGUUUCUGAUCAACCUUCUGUAUCUCAGCAGAACCGUGCGGCUCAGACACAGACACAGACACAUUCGGUCUCGAAACCACAGCCUGUCUCUAAGUUAUUCCCAAUGUCUCAGCCAUCUUCUAACCCUCUUGCAGGGACGGGUCUUCGUGAGGCACCGAGGCCUUUUGCUGUGUCAAAGCAACCAACUGCCUCUAAGCCCUUCUCUGGGUCACAGUCAUCACAAAAGUCUAAGCCUUUUGCCACGUCUCAGCCACCAACGACAUCUAAGCCAUCUGGGGUGUCUCAACGAUCAUUGAACUCUAACCCAUUUCCGGUGUCUGAGCCGCCGCGGACCUCUAACCCAUUUCCAGUUUCACAGCCAACACCAAACACUAAGGCAUCGCUUGUAUCUCAGCCACCGCAGACAUCAUCUAACCCAUUUCGGGUAUCUCAGCAACCACCGAGUUCUAGGCCAGUCCCAGUAUCUCAGCCUCAGCAACCACCGUCAUCAUCUAACCCAUUUCUGGUAUCUCAGCCAACCACAGCUUCUAAACCAUUGCCGGGAUCUCAGCAGCCUACAGUUUCUAAGCCAAUGCAGGUGACGCAGCCAUCACAACAGGCAUUUCAAUCAACCAGUCACUCGCAGCCACCUGAAGCCUCUGGUGGUCCCUCUCCGCAGCCUCAUAUCUUCAAUUCAGCUCAGUCAUUCCAGCCACAACCGGUCUCUAUUACUCCACCUCCAGUUCCAGCUGUCUCAACUACUCCCUCUCAGGUUCCAGUGGGCUCUACUAAUCCAUCUCCUCCUCAGCCAACGGGGGUCACUAACCAAACCCAACAUAAUGAACAGACUCCGAGUUCAGAUUCUAACCAGAAGGUUGCAAGUUUCUGGACAACAUGUCCAUACUGCUUCGUGCUUUUCGAGUAUCCCAACAUGUACGAGGAAAGCGUGCUUAAAUGUCAAACUAAGAGCUGCAGGAGAGCUUUCCAGGCGGUGAAAGUUCCAUCUCCACCACCGGUUGCUGAAGAAGAUAGUUACUAUUGCUGUUGGGGUUUCUAUCCAAUAGGAUUCGCAGAGACGGCUAAGGCCCCAGUCCAUGAUUUACCAAGAGGAUUCCCAGUCCAUGAUUUACACAACAGAUCAGGAUUCCCAGUCCCAGUCUAUAAUAUACCCAGAACAGUACCGAAAAAGGCCGCUCGAAAGGUAUAUUAUAAUGAAGACGAAGAAGAUGAUGAAUACAUAGAUUCUGAUCCUAGUGAGGAUGAUGAUGAUGAUGAUGACUGGCAUGUGAGUGGAAUAAAAAAAAGGAAGAAUGUGAAGCAGAGUAAGCAGAAAGCAUCAACAAGACCUCGGAAAGUAAUCGUAGUUGAUUGAAUCAAAUGGUUUCUGAAUGGAGAAGUAAGGCUCCUCUCUCUCUGUUUCUUCAUUUUCUGGCCAUGUUGUUGUUGUAGUAGUAGUGUUUAGCGUAAUAUUUACUUGCUUCCGAAGCUUUUUUGUAUCUUAAUGUUCUGUUUGGUCGCGGCUGGAUUGGUCUUUGGACCUAUUCAGGGUUAAGUUUGGAAGCAACGGUGCAGUAGUUUGUAAUGUUUUGGUUGUCUCUCUUUUUGGAUUAAAGUAGUUUUGGCUGUAGUAUUGUUGGCGUAAGAUUUCG